GAGUUUAAUAAUUUUGUACAUAAUAUUUUAUUUACCAUUUGGAUGAUUUAAUAGAAACCAAUUUUGACCAUGGCAACAUUGAGUGUCCUACAUGAGAUGAGAGUCCCUCCUGCUCUCAUGCGACGCUGCUCUCAGCUUCUUAGAAAUCUUAUUUUGGUGCAAAGGAGGAAUUCAGGCUUUAUGAAAGGCCUGCAGAUGUCCCAGCAGCAGGAGAUGAUAGACAGGGUAAGGGAAGGAGUUUUAAGAGAAGAACUCAACCACAUCCCCACAAAUAAAGCUGCCAGGUCAUAUCUGGAACGUGUCCAGGCACACAAGAGUUUCAUGCGGGAGAAGGUGACGGAGUUUGAGCUGGCACAUCGUCAUCUUGCCAACAUCAUGGGUCAGGACCCAGCCACCUUCACACGACAGGAUGCUGACGUGAGACUUGCUACUUUGACUAAAGGCUGCAUGAAGCAAACAUGUUUUAAAUCACUCUCCAACACAACCAACGUUGAGAUCAUUGACAGACUAGUGCUGGAGGGCUCCUUGUGGCUGUCCAAGGAAGAAGUUGAGGCCAAGCUCCUGGAGAAACUUAAAGACUGGAUGUACGAGAAGCUGGUGCUGUCCCUGGAGCGGCUGUGCCAGCACCCAUACAGCUACCUGGCCAAGGACUUCAUCAACAGCUUCAGGAAACCUAUAGCAAUUGAACACGAAGUCGCUGUCGUUCCCGAGGUGCAAGUUGAGGAUGACGGCCGACGAUACACCAUCGCCCAGGGCACCCGCAAGACAACCAAGGCGCUUGUGAAGCUCUACGAAUCUGGCAGUGGCCUCAUCAACAUCAACGGCAGCGACCUGCUGUACUUCGAACACCCACAGUACCGGGAGCAGGUGCUGCUGCCGCUGAUGGUGGCGGAGAAGGUGGGCCAAGUGGACGUGUUCUGCAAGGUGGAGGGCGGGGGCAANUUGCGUCAGCGUCGAUAUGCAUUGCAGGUGCUGCUGCCGCUGAUGGUGGCGGAGAAGGUGGGCCAAGUGGACGUGUUCUGCAAGGUGGAGGGCGGGGGCAACACGGGCCAGAGCUGCGCCAUCCGCUACGCUCUCGCCCAAGCCCUCACCGCCUUCUGCGACCCCGACACUUGCGAGAAACUCAGACUCGCGGGGCUACUGACUCAGGACGUCCGGCGGCACGAGAGGAAGAAGCCCGGCCAGAAGGGGGCCAGGGCUAAGUAUACCUGGCGCAAGCGUUAAGCUCCUCAAACACUGCCACCACACCCGUUAAUGUACAUUAAACCUGCCAUCAUUUUCAAUUGCAAAAAGUAACAAAAUAAAGUGUUUCAUUGUUCA